AUGUUAUUAACCAUCUUCGUACAUUUCAGCGUAUUCAUCCUCGUAUCCGGAUCACACAUCCUCCUACAGAAACGCCAAGGAAGCUUCGACAUCACCCGCAGCGGCCGCUACACCAUCGCCAACUGCGGCAACCGUGACGCGGCAGGUCUCGUCAACCUCCUCGAAACCCUCUGGGCAAUCCUACAACCCUCGAUCCGUGACUCCUCCCUCCCCAUCAGUCCCCCUAGCCCAGCCUUCCGCACCUUCUUCCACUCCGCAACCAACGCCCCGUACGUGAGACAGCUCCUUACGAACGUGACCACCGGCGUCUCUCUCUACCCACCCGAGCAACCUUUCCAUCAGACAGGCUCGCCGCUUUUCAUCUGCGCGACAGGCGUCGGGCAAAUCGUCGGCAAGCGCGGCGGGAUAGACUACUAUUACCAAUGCCUGCUGGAUCCCUACAAUAGUUUUAUCGCAAUCGGCGGCACGCCUUACAUCGUCGUAUGCCCCUAUCUCUUCUCGAGCGGGGUCCCGGACUCGCCCCCAGCGGACACUUGCCUGACGGUCAAUACUUCCGUCAAUCGAUUCCGGGGCAUGGGGCUGGACUUUGCGAAGUUCAAGGUCUGGGCUCUGUUGGAGGGCAUACUAAGGUAUUACAUUUACGCCACGACGGGAUCCUCGGGCAUCUUUGCGACGGAUGUGAAUAAAUGCGUGAGGUUGGGGUCAAGGCAGAUGGUCGAGAACCCGAGUAAUUAUGUUUACUAUACUGCUAGUAUCUACGGCCAAUGUCGAGAUUUCCCAGACCUCUCCGAGCCUAGGCGUAGACCACUAGAGAAUACAACGCUACCAGAUCCAAUCCACGCUGAUGAUGAACGUCCAAAUACGACGAGCUCUACUGUUUUUGCUGUCUCUGGUCAGGCUGUAGUGGUGGACCCGUCGGGUAGCAUGGACAUAUAG